AUGGUGUAUUGUGAGGGUAUUAUUACUAGUGUAUCACAUGUUGGACUUAAGCUAAGAACAAAUGUUCACUAUCAUGAAAUUAAAAAUCUGUUUUUAGAAAAAGAACAUAGAGAUGGUACAAUUAUAGAAAGAAUGCAUGUGACAGAUACAACUUAUCCUAUCAACUUUGAGGAUAGAACACUAAUACCGGAAUAUGGCCUUAGCAUUUAUAAAGAUUUUCAAAUAAUUGUUUUACAGGAAAUGCCGGAGAAUGCUUCAGCAGGUCAGCUGCCAAGAUGUUUGGACUGUGUUUGUCAUUAA